AUUUUACAGAGUGUACAAUGGACAUUGUGCGCGAAACAGCAAGCACACUAGCCGCUCUUCAAUCCCCUUUCUUCGCUAAAACUGAUUCUAUAGAGAAUAUAUCAGCUUGGCUCGAAGGUUUAUCAAAAAGUGAGGACAAGAGAAAGUUCUUAGAAUGGACUUUACACAUUUUAGGGCAACAGGUAGGACUUGAGUCUGGAUUAGUAAAUAUAGGACUGUUCUCUUCACAACAAGAUGCUAAAGUUUUUAUUGAUGGAAAAAUGGCGGAAGAGAAGGAUAAGGAAGUUUGGAAAACAGUUUUUCAACUGAUAAUCAACAAUUCAAAGUUUGAAGUUAGUAAAGAAAACAUGAUGGCAGACUUCAGACAAUGUGAACAGUUCACAGAUAGUUUGGCAGAGAUAGUCUCCUUCUCCGACCAGUUAACUAAACCUAUUCAGAUUCUAGACUAUCAGUUGGAGAAAGCUAUUGGAAAUAGUUCAAAGCCCUCGUCUACUCCAUCCGCCGAAAAUUUGAAAUCUUUUCUGAGGAACUUUUUUCAAUCAUAA